UGCCUUCAUCGCACAAGAAACAAAAUCCUUCAAUAUUUUUCAUACUUGCCGAAUCUUGUUAGUUUUGUUAACAAUGGCAUCCACGAGUAGGAAUUUGCUUCCAUUUGUGGCCAUGGCAUUACUGUGCUCGUUGUUUUUGGAAUUAACGUUUGCUAAAAGAUAUGUCGAGUAUCCUCCUUUAAACCAACCAUAUAGACCAGGUCCGCCCGGCCAAGCUGGUCCAUAUCAUAGAGGAUGCGAGAAAGCUGCAGGGUGCAGAACAAGUCCUCCUGUUGUUACAGGUACUCCUAUUCUGUACCCUGAUUUUCCGCGUACCGGACGUCAUGGUCCGCCCGCCCCAGCUAAUCCAUAUGACAGGGGAUGUUCAAAAAGUCACAGGUGCAGAACAAGUCCUCCUGCUGUUACAAAUUCUUAUAUCAAGUAUCCUGCUUUAGUCCCUAUCAGGGGACGUCAUGGACCUCCCGCCCCAGCUAAUCCGUAUGACAGAGGAUGCGAGAAAGCUGCAGGAUGCAGAGGUGGUACAAGUCCUCCUGCUACUACAAAUUCUUAUAGGAUUGAUUCUACCAUCAAGUAUCCUGCUUUAGUCCCUAUCAGGGGACGUCAUGGUCCUCCGGCCCCAGCUAAUCCGUAUGACAGAGGAUGUUCUAAACUACAAAGGUGCAGAACAAGUCCUCCUGCUCUUACCAACGCUAUAUCCAACACAGGAAGUGGUGUUGCACGCAAACUAGCACCAGGAAAUUAAGGUUACAUCUUCACGACCAAAUAGUUCUUAUUAAGUACUUAGAAUAUACUUAAUCAGAAAUGAUUAAUAUUAAGUAAGCAUUGUCUUAGUAUUUUGAUUCAAAAAAUAAGCGUUGUUUGUGCAAAAACGUUCAUUGUAACGAUCUUUUUUUACCAUUAUAAUAAAAAGCAAC